CUGCUAAGCAAAAACAUCAGUUACAAACGCAAAUCACUAGACACAAAAGCUUCCUCAUUUUGCUCUGCCUUUAGUUGUUAUAUUUUCUUGCUUAAGUUCGGAUUGUGAAUUUGAUCACCAUGGCUGGGGUAAAUAAGAGCCACGAGUAUGAGACCAAGACCAGUGCUGGUGAAGAGAGUGGUGCUACUGAGACCACGGAUCGUGGGUUGUUUGGUUUCAUGGGGAAGAAAAAAGAAGAGGUGCCUGCCACUGAGUAUGAAGAGAAAAUUCAUCGAUCAGACAACAGUUAUCCUGGUGACGGGGAGAAGAAACAUGAGGAUACUACUGUUCCCUCUAACACAGAGACACCCCUUACCCCAGAGAAGAAGAAGAGUUACUUUGAGCAAGCCAAGGACAUGAUACCAGCAUAUAAGAAAACUGAAGAGGUCCCUCCUCCGACUGAAGCUGUUUAUCCGUCUGAGACACCCCUUACCCCAGAGAAGAAGAAGAGUUACUUUGAGCAAGCCAAGGACAUGAUACCAGCGUAUAAAAAAACUGAAGAUGGCCCUCCCUCUCCAGCUGAAGCCGCAGUUCAUCCCACAGGGUCACGACCCCUUGAACCUGAGAAGAAGAAGAGUUACUUUGAGCAAGCCAAGGACAUAAUUCCAGCAUAUAAGAAAACUGAAGAUUCCCCUCCCUCUCCAACUGAAGCCGCAGUUCAUCCCACAGGGUCACGACCCCUUGAACCAGAGAAGAAGAAGAGUUACUUUGAGCAAGCCAAGGACAUAAUACCAGCAUAUAAGAAAACUGAAGAGGUCUCUCCCCGUCCAGCUGAAGCCGCAGUUCAUCACACAGAGACACCCCUUGCACCAGAGGAGAAGACGGGUUUCUUUGGCCAAGCCAAGGAGAGAACACCAGGAUAUAAGAAAACUGAAGAGGUCUCUCCCCGUCCAGCUAAAGCCACAGUUCAUCACACAGAGACACCCCUGGAACCAGAGGAGAAGAAGGGUUUCUUUGACCAAGCCAAGGAGAGAACACCAGGAUUUAAGAAAACUGAAGAGGUCUCUCCCCGUCCAGCUAAAGCCGCAGCUCACCUUACAGAGACACCUCUCGAACCAGAGCAUAAAAAGAGUUUCUUUGACCAAGCCAAGGAGAGAAUACCAUCACAUAAGAAAACUGAAGAGGUCCCUCCCCAUCCAGCUAAAUCUGCUUAUAAUGAAGGUGCAUUUUCUCAUACAGAGACACCCUUUGAACCAGAGGAGAAGAAGGGUUUCCUUGACAAAGUCAAGGAGAAAGUGCCAGCACAUAAAACUGAAGAGGUCCCUCCUCCUCCAGCUGAAUCUGCAUUUUCUCACACAGAGACACCCUUUGAACCAGAGGAAAAGAAGGGUUUCCUUGACAAAGUCAAGGAGAAAGCGCCAGCACAGAAGAAAACUGAGGAGGUCCCUCACCGUCCAGCGGCAAAUACGCCAUUUGAACCGGAAGAGAAGAGGGGUUUUCUCAAGGAGAAAGUGCCAACACAUAAGAAAACCGGAGAGUUCCCUUUUCCAGCUAAACCUGCUUAUACUGAAGCUGCAGUUUCAAACACAAAUACACCCCUUGAACCAGAAGAGAAGAGGGGUUUACUUGACAAAAUCAAGGAGAAAAUGCCGGGACAUAAAAAAACUGAAGAGGUGCCUCCAUCUGAAUUUGAUUCUACUGAAAAUGUAGUUUCCCAUAAAGGAGAGCCAAUGGUGAAAAAGGGAAUGAUGGAGAAGAUCAAGGAGAAGCUUCCUGGGCACCGCCCCCAAAUAUGAGGAAGCCAAGGCGAAAGAAAAGCAUGUUGCUUCCUAUAUUAGGACAGCAAUUUUUUGUUUCCUAUAGAAUGAUCAUGGUGUUGCUUUAAUGUGUGGUUUGUUUGGUUAUAUUCAUUAUGGUUUUAAACUUCAUGUUUUCAGGAUCAUUUCCUUUGUUUUGUUAUCCUGAUUUUUUUUUAGUAAACUAUAUAUAUCAAUGAAAAAUUAAUUUUGUUUUCA